UGUGUGUGUGUGUGUGUGUCAUAGGUGUGUGUAUGAGCAUGCAUGAAUGGAGAGCCUGGCUUGUUCCUGGCUGUCACAAAUUGCAUAAGGUCCCUACGAAGUGAGUCAAGUUUCCAGUGGGGCGUCACUCCUCUUUGUGAAGGCCAAUCCCCGCCUGUUUCCAUGACAAACAAAGACGGAAAGGACUCGGGGUUUUCCGGUCAGAGUCGGAAUCAGACCCGAGAGCCCCUGACUGUUACGCGCGACAGACAUCUAUCAGGUCGCUGGCUUGCGGAUUCCGAUUGUUUACAACCAAUCAAACAAUUAAGAAAGAAAGUAGCCUCCUGCUGAGAUGGACACCGCUGAUCAGCUCGCGUCUGUGGGGACAUUUCAAGUGCUAAAAUUACCUCUGGGAUUUAUCCGUGUCUUGGAAUGGCUCUUUGCCAUUUUUGCGUUUGCAACAUGUGGGGGCUACUCUGGGCAGCUGCGGGUUAGUGUGGACUGCAUGGAGAAGGCCAGCAGCAACCUCAGCAUCGGCAUCGAUUUUGCGUAUCCUUUCAGGUUGCACCAGGUGUCCUUUGAAGCGCCCGUGUGUGAGGGCAUUAGGAGGGAGCGCGUAUUCCUCAUUGGAGACUAUUCAUCCUCUGCAGAGUUCUUCGUCACCAUCGCGGUCUUUGCCUUCCUGUAUUCCCUCAUGGCCACCAUUGUCUACAUCUUCUUUCAGAACAAGUACCGUGAAAACAACCGAGGACCGCUCAUUGACUUUAUAGUGACAGUGGUGUUCUCCUUCCUGUGGCUGGUCAGUUCCUCUGCUUGGGCCAAGGCCCUGUCUGAUGUGAAAGUGGCCACUGAUCCAGAUGAGGUGCAGCUCCUAAUCUCUGCCUGCAAAGUCCAGACCAACAAGUGUGACUCUCUGCAUGGACCACGCUGGUCCGGGCUCAACACUUCAGUGGUUUUUGGGUUUCUCAACUUUGUCCUAUGGGCUGGAAACAUCUGGUUUGUCUUUAAGGAGACUGGUUGGCACAAGGGUGCAUCAAGGUUAGCAGGCGGAGCCUCUGAGAAACAGUCCGGCACCUUUACCCAGCAGCCCUACAACCAGGGAAGCUUUGACCAGUCAGGGAGCUACAGCACCCAGGGAAACCUUGGCCAGCUGUCUGAGUAUAGCCAGGUGGGAGGGCCCACCUCUUACUCCAAUCAAAUGUAGCUGCCUUUUCGUUUUGUGAGGGGCACUUCUGCAUUUUCAAGCAUGGCAAUCAGGGGCUGAUAAGAAAGGAGGAAAGUGAACGAUUAAAGGGUCACUUCUGUAUUUUCUAACUGGAUUGAAAUUGGUCCAGUUUUGAGCUAGUGCGCUGCACUCUGCAGCAGCGAGACAGGGCUAUAACGUAAUCCUUGCGGGCAGUUGUGCAAGUGUUAUUGUGUGACUUUGGUGUUUUAAAGGGUUUAAAAGAACAAAGUCGAACAUUAACACAAACUAACCAAUUGAUGCAGCAGAACACCAGAGAAGUAGAAUUUAUAUUUUUGUCAAGGGAGUCUGGUGGCUGUGAUGAGACUGAUAUAACAACUUACUCUUAAAAACUAGUUCUAUCUCUGUAUGCAUCCUUCCACAAUGUUGUCAGACACAAUCUGAGCCGGUCAGCGGCAAAAACAAGCACUUUAGCGGAUGUACUUUGACUGGGUGCAAUUGCCUGAAAGGAUUAUGUUGCAGCCUUGUCUCACUGCUGUUGACUGCAGAUCACUCUUUUAAUACUGGACCAAUUUCAAAAAAUAUUGUCCACAAUUAGUCACAUAGACAUAAAAACUUUCAUUCUCUGCUCAAUUUGUCAUCAAUUUGUUUGUGUAAAAAAAGAUGGUAAUAAAAAAGGCAUCAAAGGUUUCAAAGUACACUCUUUGUAGAUAAAAGUAUUGUGUAUUGUACAAAAUUACUAGAUAUAGUCUUUUACUCCUUCUCUGUCAGAGGUGUUGUUUGCUGAAUGUUGUAUUUCUUGUAGUUUGAAACAUAUAAGUUACAGUUUCUCUCUGCGCUUGGUAAUUGACAUUCACUGUUACGACUGGAUGUCUUUUUAAAACUGGUGUGCACUAUCGUGGAAGGAAAAAAGUGCUCUAUGUUUGUAUAAUUCUCAAGUUUCUGAAAUGGUGUCAACUAAGUGCAUGAUGUGGUAUGUGUGCUAAUAUGCUCUCUGUGAAACUA